AUGAUGUGCAUUUAUCAUUCUUAAAGUCCAAUAUCUUUGAUUUGUGUAGCUCCUCAUAAAUGUUUAAGAAAACUUUGUGUUGAAUGUUUAUAUGAGCAUGGAGUAGAUGUUAAACUUACAAUUCCAAUUUGUAAAUUUAAAGAAUUAAUCACCAAGAAAUUAUAAGAGCAUGAGCUUAAUGGAAUAUCUGAAUUAAAGAAAUUAAGAGAAGGUUUUAAAAUCCUAAUUUCUCAAACUGAAACUAUUAUUAAGAAAUUUUGGGAAGAUGUAAAAGAAUUAAUUAAAUCAAUAUUCGAUAACAUUGAGAAAGAAAAUUAAUCAUUUAUCAAUCUUAUCAACUAAAAUGAAAAUCUAGCAGAAUCUUCAUAUACUGACUUGAACAAUAUAGUGUAAAUUUUUGAAGGAAACAUUUUAGAUGAUUGGAAUAAAUAAAAAAAUUCUUAUUUGAUUAAUAUGAUGUAAAUUAAGAAUUGGAUAGAAUAGGGUGCAAACACAAUCAGUUAAAAUUUUAAAGAAAAGAUUAAGGAAGUAAUGAAGAUAUUUAAGUAAAAUAAUUGAUUUAUAAUUAUAAAAAGGAUUUAGAAAGAUGAAUCACUAGAAUGGUAGGAAAGUAUUACAGAAUAUGAAGGAAUUGUUUGGGAUUAAAAUUCGAUAGCUUCUAUAAAAAGAGUAAAAUUUCAAGUAAUCUAAACUAAAGAAAAAGAAAUAUAGUAUGUAAUGAAUAGAUUGUUAUUGAGAAAGUAAAACUUAAGAUUUAUUAAAUUAAUAGAGAUUAAAUUUAAGACACUAUAAAUAAGCCUGAAAUAUUAAUUAAUCUAGAAUAAAUAUAACAUUUGAAUUGGAUUGGUGAUUAUGGAAAACAAAAUUAAAAAAUUGGAAAAUGGACUGCAACUUGGAAAGGAUUAAUUUUAAGUGAUGUAGGAGGAUAUUAUUCUAAUGAAGGAAAGAAAUAAGGAAAAUGGAUUGAAAUAUUUUAGAAUUAUUGUGAGUUUGUUUAAGUUUAUGAAGUAGGAGAUUAUGUAGAUGGCUUUAAGAAAGGAACAUGGAAGUAUAUCUAUGAAGACGAAAAGAUGUAUAAAGUUUAUAAAUAUUCAAAUUAAGUGGGGGUGGAGAAUAUAAUAAGUAAGGUAAAAAGAAUGGUAAAUGGAUUGAAUUAGGCAAUGAGUUUUACAAAUAUUUUAAACUUACAUAUAAUGGUCGAUAUCAAAAUGGUAUAAAAGUGGGCAUUUGGGAAACCUGCUUGGCUGAAUAAGGCAUAUUAUAUGGUCAUAAUUAUAUAUCGAUGUAAUAUUAAUAAAUAAUUAAUUCUCCUUUUUAGAGGUGGUGGUUCAUAUGAUUUAAA